AGUGUUCAAUGUAGUGGUGAUACGUGCGUGGAAGUCUUCAGCUGCUGCGGCCGUAAAUUCGAAAACAAUUCAUGUUCUCUGCAUUACGGAAUCAUUUAGCUUUUAGUUUUUCAAUGGCGCACCAACUGUUUAGAUGCGUAAACACACAGUUCGCUUCAAUUCUCUCAACUCAAUAAAUGUUUAUUUUUUUUUCCUCUCAAUCUGAUAAAGUAAAACCGAGUUUGUUGUACAAAUAAUCGUGUUAUUUUGAUAUCAAAGCCGUUUGAAAAAAUAAAAAUCUAUUUUUCUGUUCACAUCGAUUGUGUAGUAAUCUCGAAUUUUGAUAGAACACAACCAACUGAAUGGAAAUUGUUAAAUUCUCACUCGAGUGAUGCGUGAAAAGUGCUUGAUUUUUGCGUGAUUUGUGUGUGCGGAACGCAACAGAAUCUUUUUUUUUCAUGUUUAUGUGUGUGUGUUCAUCAUUUCAUAACAAAUAAAUUGUUGUGGUAAUAAAUCUCGGGUAGCAGCAUCAUCAGCAUUAGCGAAAAAAAAAAUCACGAGAGAAAUUCACUGCGCUAAGAAUUCCAUUUGCGAAUUUGUGAAGAACUUGUGAUUUACACACGCCUAUUUUUUCGAUUCCAUCAUGCGAUUUAUAAAUUAAAAUGUUUUUUUUUUUUUUUAGUUAUGUUUAAGCAAAUUAUGUACAAGAAACAGAAGAAAUAAGCACGCAGAGACACUAAAUGAACAUGUGGCAUCAAACACUGUGAUUAUUAAAAUAAUAACAAAAAAAAAUUCAAAAUACAACGAAAACCAAUUCAAUGGAUUCUUGAGAUUGGAAGAGAAAACCGAAAGAGAAAAAACAGUGCGCUUGUUUACAAGUGAUCGAAUUGAAAUCGCAUGCGAACAAUUUCGUUUCACGUGCAAUUUUCCUUUCAAGUGUUUGCGAAAGUACAUAAAAGACCAACACCAUCGAAGCAAAAAGGAAAACCGUGUGUUAUAUAAAAUAUAGAGUGAGAAUAAUAAAAAAAAAAAAACUCGAGGGUUCAAUUGAAUUUUUGUCCCCAAAAAUAAUCUGAACCAUUUAUCGAUUCGAUUCUUUUAUUUGUAGUUCUUUUUUCCUCGCCGAAUUGUGUGUGUACCAUUGCGAACGGCCAAAGUGAAGUACAUAAUCGAAUAUGGAUUUUUCAAAAUGCAAUCGAUGCCAAUCGCGUAAAAUAUAUUGUAUUGAAAUUGAACCGAUGGAAAUAACUGUAAAUGGCAACAGCCAAAACAAACUGAAUCGUGGCCACUAGACGAGAGAAAACGCCAGAAAAACAAAAGGAAAUCGCGCGAGUCGAUUUGAUUUUUCAUUUGGAUACUUGUUUAAAUUACAUUUUUGAUUUUGUUGUGACACCAAUGAUCAAAAAUUCGCAUUUAUGGCGUUGCUGCAAGUUCGACACAGCGUCGGCACGUUACACACGCUAAGACUUGUGUUUUUAUCAGCCAUCAUCAUCAUAUGUACGGAACCGUUGUCAGCAAAUGGAUUUCUGUCAUCAGGACAAGGAACAAAAGGGCCCGAUCCGUUGAUUAAGUUAGUUGUUCAUCCGCAGGAGCAUGUAAUCAUUCCCAUACAUUCAUUUGCUGUGCUGCAUUGUGAGGCUAAUUUUACAGAUUACCCGGAAUAUGACUAUGAAGCCGACGAGGCAUAUUUUCCCAGUGAGGGGGACUAUAUGCAAAACGACGAACCAAAUCACGAUUCACAUCAACAAAUAAUUGCGAGUAGUGAUGGGAGUGCAACGAAUUUGUGUCAACAGGAAGUGCAAUAUCAAUGGCUGCACAACGGCAGACAAAUCAUCGAUUCAAAUAGUUCAUUCACACAAAUAUUUUGUAAUGGCACCAUCAAAAUCAGACACUCAACUAUGGCAACGGGCACUUAUCGUUGUGUGGCUAGCACAACAAAACCCGAAGUCGGUGCGGUUGUGUCGAAAGCAUCACAUGUCCGGGCAGCAGUUUUUCAGCGUAAAUUCGAUAAAUUAAGUUCGAAAGCUGAACUGGGUAGCUCAGUGAUUCUGCAUUGUCCCAUUGACAGUGUACCACAAGCAAACAUUCAAUGGACUUUUAACAAUGAAUCGAACAUCAGUUUUGACACCUCCGACAGAUACUUUCAACUAAACAAUGGAAGUCUUUUAAUUGUCAACGUUAAGAAUGAAGAUUAUCAAAGUUUCCGGUGUGUGGCACGGAAUGCAUAUUCCAAGGAGCCAAAGUAUAUCCAACAUUCACUUGAAGUAAUCAAUUCAAUUAGCACGAAUAAUGCGAUGCUUUUACCGGCGCUGCAGAAUCAAGCAAUGUUCGUACCAAAUGGGAAUGCUUUAAAUUUGAAUUGUGCGCCCACAUCCGUUGCCACUUCAAAAGGAAAUGCCAUUCGAUGGACAUUUUUACCGCGUUCCGGCACUUCAUCCGUGAACGCAGUGCCCACUCAUAAUCCCAAUCGAUUGCACAUUGCAAGCACAUUCGUUCAGCAGAAUGAUGGCAUCUACAAAUGCCACUUUGGAGACGAGUAUCAGACCUUUGAUGUUACCAUAACAACACCGCCUGUCAUUCAUAAUGAAUUCUCAUCAAAAGAAGAAGCGCUGGGCUUCUAUGUGGCGUUGAAUUGCAAUGCAACGGGGAAUCCAAAGCCAGAAGUCCAGUUCUAUCACAAUGGAAAAUUAAUUGUGGGCGAUUGGAUUGUGAAGUACAAAGAGCCAAAGCUAUUGAUUCAAACGUAUGAGGAGAAACACAAAGGCAUUUAUCAAUGUGCUGCAACGAAUGUGGCUGGUGAAGCUCAAGCAACGGGUUUAUUGAGCCUUAAACCCAAAGUGUAUCCCGAUCCACCGAGAAACCCGAAAUGUUUCCCGCUCAACUCCACAUCGCUCAAGGUGGUUUUUGAUGGACCGCAACAUUAUAAAUGGUCGGCAAUUACAUAUUAUAUUGCCAGCAAGUACAGUGAGCCGCAAUUUUUUUCAAAUUUGUUGCACGAUGAAAACCGACGCGUUCAGAAUGAAUUCAUCAUAUCGGAUUCGAAGAGGCCGCCAUUCGAGCCGCUCAUGCUCUACUUUCGUGGAAUGGAAAAAACCAGUUCGGAUACAACGCGGAUGAAAGGCGGCACAAUUAGCUGGCAGUUUGAUAUUUCCCGAUUAUCCGAAGGCAUCAAAUGUGCCACUCAAGGAUUGCCCGUGUACGGAAUGUUUUCUCCGAGUGGAAUCUUUGUUUGGUGGCCAAAGGAACAGAACAAUGUAACUGCAUAUGUGAUACAAUUUCAAAGUGAUGAAACGACAGCGUUCAGCAAUCACAUAGUCGGAACAACGCGGCACAUUGAUGAAUUUCAAACAUGGAAUGACAUUUCUAGUGACUUGACAAAUAUACCUGUAGUUGCGAACAUCUACCCAAAUACAAAUGCUGAUGACGGUAAUGGUGACGAGGACGAUGUCGAUAAAACAACAAAAUCCGCUUCAAUCGAACGGAAGAAAACUAAUCCAAAGAUGAUAACCGAAUUGCGCGUCAAUGGGAAUGUGUCGGGCAUUUUAAUACCGAAUACACAUGAAAUUGUCGUACGUGUUUUGGUGCCGAUAAUCGAUGAUGAAGGCGAACUCAUCCAAGACGUGAGAUAUGUGGAGUGGAAAAAGAUUGAAGAUGUUUCGGGCGCCGUGGCAAAGUUUACAAUACGCAGUGUUGGAAUUAAUCACGUUAUAUUUCAAUCGAUGGAUCGAAAGCUGGCAUGUGUUCGAAUUUGCUAUAAAACAAAUGGCGAAAAAAUUUGCGAUGAAAGAUCUAUUCAAAACUCCUUUGUGGAAGUUGAUUCGCUGACAGCAGCCACAGACUACAAAUUUCUUUUGUAUCAAUGCGGCGAGUCAAAAAAAUUGUUUUUCGAAGGUGACAUUGAAACUGAACACGAUAUUCCUGGCUCCGUGUCCGAACACAAGGUUUAUAAGAAGAAUGGUGGCAUCGCGCUCGAAUGGAGUGCACCAACCAAACCGAAUGGCAUUUUGGAUCACUAUUUAAUCCAAUGGACUAUCGGAAAUGUAACACACUCGGAAGAAUUUCGAUAUCAAGAAAGAGAGAAAAAUGUGUUUGAAUUCCCAGGCCUACAGGACACUGAUCGUUUCAAUAUAUCAAUCUGUGCUGUAAGUAAUUUUGGCAAUGGCUUACCAAUUUACGUGGAUUUGCGUGAUGUAACGGAUAUUCCCGAAGAAGAUGAAGGAAUGAAUGCAAAGAAUCGAGAUCCUCGUUUAGGCAUUUCGAUUGGUGUACUGCUGUCUGUUCUGUGCAUCAUCGGCUGUGUGCUAAUCAUCAUUCGUCAUCGUCGAUGUUCAAAAUCGCCGCAACACCAGCAUAUUAAUGGCAAUGGUAACAAUGCGCGAGGCUCCUUUCAGAAUCGUUCACCAUUGAAUCGUGCACCUGUGACAGGUACAACGAUGAUAGUUCCCAACUCAUCGGCUCAAAUAUCUGCCAAUUGUGCACCAGACGCGCAUGAAAUGCAAACGCUAAUCGUAACAUCGAGCGUUGAGAAUAUCCCAUCGACGAAUGGAAACGGUGUAGCGAAAAAACUCGAUAAUCAUAAUAUGAAUGGUGUUGUUGUACGUGGCAAUCGCAACAGUUUCAACAAUGCAAACGUCCAUUCGGACGAUGAUGAUCAUGCCGAUUUGAUGCGUUGCGGUUUGAUUUCGUCGACGCCAAAAUUAAAGCACAAAACAAACAACGCAAAUAACGAUCACCUGAAAAACACAAGUACAAAUCAUGGAUCACAUACUGCCAAUCCAGUUGAUUUACCGUAUCGGCGCAUCGAUUGCGAUCUUGACGCACUUGGGGCUGCUGAAAUUGCACCGAACAUAACGCUCGGUAACGGAACAUUGCAUCAGAUGAAAACCACUCUACCUCCCAAUAAAUCCGUACAUUCCAUUGUUUAUAAUGAAACUGAAAUUCCACCGACAAUAAAACGGACAAACGACGAUAAAGUCAAUCAUCAUCCAAAACACCGAAUAUCCACGGCCCACAAGUCAAACGUAUCGAUUCCAUCGAUUUUUGAUGAUAGCCAACAAAGUUUACUACCAGACGCUAAUGCGACCGAAAGCAGUUCGGCGAGCACAAGCAGCGGAUCCGUGCCAAUGGAUCGCAUCGCCAACAAAACCAAUUGCAUCUUCGAUGUGAACACAUUCGAUAAUGGGGCACCGCAUCCGAUCAUUGAAAAUCAGAGAUACAUGCGGUCGGCUGCGUUAGUCUAGGGCUGCUACCAUUAAUCGGAAGGUGAACAAAUAUGAAUAGAGAAAAACCAGACAGCCGAAAAUCGAAAGAAAAUAACGCUGUCCGACCGCAAUGUACCUGUGAUAUCUGAAUUGAGCCGCGGCUACACGCAUGACAACCGCCUCAAUUCAUGAAAUUAGUUAAUUUACAAGCCAUGACUACUAUCGAAAUGUGUAACCAACCACCUUUGACUGCAAUCAAACACAACGACGAAAGUCAAAUGCCCAAGUGAAAAUGGACGAAAUCAAAAUUCCCAUUCUAACUUUAAUGUUUCGACAUACUCUCUGUUUCGAGUAUUUUAUUUCACACAUUUUCACUUGGGCACCAGAAACGUUUUCCAACAUGGAAUGCUUUUUUUUUUUUAAGAAGAAAAGAAGAAAUCGUGGUGAUUAUUCGAUCGCACGUUUACAAUAAAAUUCCAUAAAAAAUGACGUUAACGGGUAUCAAUUAGACGUAAUUUCAUGCAUAAAUCAAUUUUAAAAACGAUAAGUGUUUCAUCGUUCACGGUUCAUUUUUUUUUAAAUAAUUUUUUUUUAUUUACGAAUUUUGUCGUAAAGUCAUUUCAAAUUGUAAGAAUCAAAUGUAUACACACACAUGCAGAAGAAAGAGAAAAUCUUCAAGAAUUGUGUAGCUAACCAAUUUUGGGCUAUUAAUAGGAUACAUCAUUUGGAUAGAUUUUUAAGUGUUCAUCAAAAUUGUAAAUAAUUUGUCAUUUUUACCAAUUUCGGAAUCACAGUGGGAAAUUACAAUAUAAUUUCAUUUCGUUGGAAUCUAGACGAAACUGUUUCGAUGAUUCAAGUGAAAAUUUUGGAUACGAAAUAAUGAUUUCUUUGAAAAAACAAAAAAAAAUUAUACAAUUUAUAUUCAUUCUUUUCGUUCACUUAUUGUGAAUACACUACACCUACGAACACACAUGUCAAUUGCCCCCCUUCCCUCACUAUAUUAUUCUAUUUUUGAAGAAUGACUACAAAUAGAACACAAUAGCCACCCGUAUUAUUAAUAUAUCGUUUACAUACACAGCAAGCAUUUAUUUUUUUUUUCUGUUAUCAGUUAUUAUUUUAUUUAAUCUCAAAUUUUAUUUAACAAAUCUCUUACUGCAAACAAACACCUGAACCGUUUAUAUUUUCGUUGAAGUUUAAUUAUAUGUUAUAAUUUCUUGUUUAGAAGUGUCACGAUGAUGAGUGAAUAGCGAGCAUGAAAUAGAAUCAAGAUGUAUUUCAAGAGGAUUGGUAUUUAAAAAGAAAAGAAGAAAAAGAGAAAAAUUAUACGAGAAAAUGUCAUAUUCA